AUGUCUAUUCCGGAGUAUGCCAAAGUUCUCGUCAUUGGCGGUGGGCCCGCCGGGUCGUACGCAGCCUCGGCGCUGGCACGGGAGGGAAUCGACACUGUCGUCCUCGAGGGCGACAAGUUUCCCAGAUAUCACAUUGGAGAGAGCAUGCUUCCAUCCUUGCGCCACUUCUUCCGUUUCAUCGACCUCGAUGACACUUUCGUUGCGCAUGGCUUCUACAAGAAGAUUGGCGCAGCCUUCGUAUUGAACAACAAGGACCCGGCUUACACGGAUUUCGUUGGCGCCGGUGGCCCGAACGCCUAUUCUUGGAACGUCAUCCGCUCCGAGUCCGACGACCUCAUCUUCAGACACGCAGGUAAGAGCGGCGCUCGAAUCUUCGACGGUGUCAGGGUCUCGGCUAUUGAGUUUGUGCCGCACAAUGGCCCAAGCACUGCCGACGACAAGACGCUGGACCCUGGCCGUCCCGUGUCGGCCACCUGGACGCGCAAAGAGGACGGUGCCACGGGCAUCAUAAAGUUUGACUACAUCAUUGAUGCUAGCGGCCGCCUGGGUAUCAUGAGCACCAAGUACCUCAAGAAUCGACACUUCAACCAGGGUCUCAAGAACGUCGCAAGCUGGGGCUACUGGCAAGGUGCGGGACGUUACGGCGUCGGUACGCCGCAGGAGGGUGUUCCUUACUUCGAGGCUCUAUCAGACGGCAGCGGCUGGGCCUGGUUCAUUCCCCUGCACAAUGGCACCACGUCGGUCGGUGUGGUUAUAAACCAGGAGGUCGCGACUAGAAAGAAGAGAGAGAUGGGCUCUCCAGGUGGCAAGGCAUUCUACUUGGAAAUGCUAAAGGCCGUGCCCAGAAUACUGGGACCAAUGCUCAAGGAUGCAACGCUUGUUUCUGACGAGAUCAAGGCCGCGUCCGACUGGUCGUACAGUGCCUCAUCCUAUGCCAGCCACAACGCCCGCAUUGUGGGCGAUGCUGGCUGCUUCAUUGACCCUUUCUUCUCGUCGGGGGUCCAUCUUGCCGUGGCUAGCGGUCUUUCGGCUGCCGCAACCAUCUGCGCCGCGAUCAACGGUCAAUGCAGUGAGCACGAGGCUCUUCAGUGGCACUCGAAGAAGGUUGCCGAGGGCUACACUCGCUUCCUGCUUAUUGUGCUGAGCGCACUCAAGCAAAUCAGGGAGCACGACGACCCUGUGCUCAGCGACUGGGACGAAGCAGGCUUCGAGCGCGCGUUUGCCCACUUUCGACCGAUCAUUCAGGGAACCGCCGACGUCCACGGCAAGCUCACCCAGGAGGAAGUGUCCAAGACAGUCGACUUUUGUUUGAAGGCCUUUGCGCCCGUGGACGCCGCCAAGCGCGACGCCGUCCUGAAGAGGGUCGAAGAUCUCAAGAGCUCCGGCAGUGCACAGAGUCACAAGGAGCUUGAGGCGUAUCUCUCCCCCGAGGAGAUGCACAUUCUGAACACUGUGCGCGCCCGAGAGAUGGUGCGGUCGGAGGACACGGUGAAUAUUGACACCUUCACCUCCGACAUCAUCGACGGUCGUGCCAUCAACAUGGUCCACGGCUCUCUGGGCCUCCUAUCCGCCGAAGAGAGCGCCAAGAAGGCGGCAACGAAGUCUGGCGAUGUCCUCGGUCAAAUGAUGGGCGAGGGCAACCAGCUGGCUCACAGCGAGCAGCAAGCCACGGCCCCGGUUCCCAGCGGCUAA